UUCACCAAAAAUAAAAGAAGAACGCCUGCGCGCUCUAGAGCUCAACGCUGAAUGCUGGCGAUGAAGGCAUUAAACAUUAGUGCACUUCAUUCUGUCCUGUCAUGUUUCUGACUCAUGCGGAGGUAUGGGGGACAUACUGGGAGUGCGUUUUCACGCCGUUCACGGUGAUCAUCUGCUCCCUCACAGCCGCACUGUACUAUCUGUGGGGCCGCAAGUGUCAGAUGUGUGGUCUUCAACAACAGAGGUCUUGGAGGGGAGGAGCUGCUGACACCAGUCACCUACUGUGCUGCCAAUACUUCAGAUCUUGAGUGUGUGGUGCAGCAUGUCAAAGGGCUCUACCCCAGUGCUCCUGUGCUUGGGGCUGGUGUGUCUUUGGGAGGCAUGGUGUUGUUAAACUACCUGGCCCGUAAGCACACCGAGUCAGGAUUGGUUGCCGGCAUCACCAUCUCGGUACCCUGGGAUGCACGUAAGUCCUCUGACUCGAUGGAGGAACCGCUCAACUGGCUGCUCUUCAACAGGCACAUCACGAGAUGCUUGCACCGCGCUGUCACCAGGCACAGGAAGAUUUUAGAGAAAGUGGUGGAUGUUGACUAUGUCCUGAAGGCUCGGUCCAUCCGUGAGUUUGACGAACGCUACACGUCUCUGAUGUUUGGUUAUAGCUCAUGUAUGGAUUAUUACCGCGAUGCCAGCCCAGGCAAAAAGCUCCCCAAUACAGCCGUACCCAUCCUGUGUCUCAAUGCCGCUGAUGACCCUUUCUCUCCACAGACUGCCUUCCCAGUGUCUAUAGUCCAGGAUCUUCCUAACGUCGCCCUGGUAUUGACGGCCCACGGGGGACACAUUGCCUUCUUGCAGGGUUUUUUUCCUCGAGGUGAGAACUACAUGGAGCGCUUGUUUGGCCAGUUUGUGCACGCAGUCUUUGAACACCAGGAGGAAAUGAAGCAAGCCUGUGGUAUCAGAGAGGAGCAGAUGAAGGACUAACGAGCAAUAUGAAGGCACUUACACUGAAGUAAUACAACAUUUGCAGCUGCAACUCUGCUCAUCUACCUCAUGACCUCAGGUUCAUGUUCUGUAGACAGUCAAAUUUUCCUAUGAUUACACUUUGCAUGCUGUAGAGUGUGGAUGGGACACCAGUGGUUAAUGAGCUGACACUGUGUAAAGACCAGUAACACCCUGUGUGGGGUUUCAGAUAAUUGUAUCUGCUGCCAUAAAGUGUAAUAAUGAAUCGUAAGCGUAUCAUGAGGACCAGAUCACUAUGUAUGUGUGCUGAAUGUAUUUCUAUUAGCAGUAAAGUGAACAUCAGUU